AUGAGCCCCCGCAAACGAGCGCGUCGAGAUCCCACCGAGGCAAACACAUCGCGCCCUCUGCUUCCAUCGACAUCCUCCAGUAAACCUCCAACGGCGCUCCCAACCCGCGCAGUCUCAUCUUCUCACGCUUCAGCAUCAUCGCCAGCCCUUCCGACGACUUUUGCUCCAUUCUCGGCCGCCACAGCCGCAUCGGCCUCAGCCAGUCGGCUAUCUCUGGUUCAAGAUGCCCAACAGCAGCAACAACAACCUCCUAUAAAGCAGGUUCACAAAAGCCGAAGCUGGUACGGCUCAUGGCCUAGGGCACCUAGGUCGAAAGCCGGUGCCUCCACACAGGUCGCCCGCGAGUCAAUACUAGGUGGCACAUUGAAGCCUGACACAAUACCAAAUCUCACACGGUUUGAUACCAAGAGGAGUACGGACAGCGGCAGUGAUACUCCUGGAUCUCUUUCGCAAUUACCGCCGGUCGAGGAAUCGGACACACCCACAGGCCAUGGACAUCCAUCUGAUUCUGGCGCUGCUGAGUCUAAUGGACACACUAGCACUAAAUCGGAUGAUGGGACACCCGCCACAGGAACUGGCGGAGAUAACAACCCUCCGCUUCCAGAACUUCAACGCCCGACGGGCGUGGCUGAACUACCACAAAGGCCUGCGACUUCUUCUGGAUGGCUAGGAUGGCUUGGCCGGUCUGCCGCCCCCGCUCCGGUGCAGGGGGUGGAGUCGACUUCCAUUCCGGAAAAUGCCAAGGCCCAAAAUCCGGAAGCCAAGCCUUUGCUGGCGCCGGAUAGCAAUCAGGACGACUCAAAGAAUCAGAAUGGCAAUCCAGGUUAUGAUGCCAUAUCAACCCCGACCGCACUACCCCCUUCGUCUUCAGAGCCGCGUGCCGAGCAACCUGCAACUUCUUGGUUUGGAUUCUGGCCCACCAGCCGCACGGGUCCGCCAGAAGAAGCGACCUCGGUUAAAAGUGAUAUUGUUCAGAAUACCAAGCCUUUGUCGGAUCCUGUCACUGAGCCGGUCAAGGAUCGGGAAGAUGUGGUAAUGUCAGAUAAUUCCGUGACAUCCCCCGAAGCCCAGCCGGCGGGGUCAACCUGGGCGUUUUGGUCUAGGGACUCGAACACCAAGUCUACGGGGCCUGGCAAGGGUGUCGCAAAGCGGGAGCCCGGAGAGAUUGCGGUCAUGGGUGAAGGCUCAGAAGCUCAUCCAGAACCUGCUAGUACAGUAGAUAAUGCGCCUCCGGCCGCACCGUCUACCGUGUCCAAGACUAAAGAGUCGCCGAAGAAGUCUAAGCGUGUUCGGCCUCAGUCGAUGGAUGUCGAUGAUCCUGCCAUUACCACCAGGCCCUCAACCGCCACAUCUGUCGCUACCACCAAGACAGACUCCAGCGUCAAGGCUACAAGUUCUACCGCGGGUGGCGCCGUUAAAUCCUCAGCCGGGAACCUGCUAUUGCCGUCCUUUAGGUCUACGUAUAGGAUGAAAGAAAAUCCAUCCAUCAUCCAGCAGAUUGCGCAAUUUCUCCUCAGGACUCAUCAGAAACCCCAGGUGAACCACGCAUUCCUCACCAAGGAACCACCUAAAAUCAAGAAGGCACUGGCUAUCGGGGUUCAUGGCCUGUUUCCAGCCACAUACCUGCGUCCCAUGAUCGGUCAACCCACCGGCACAUCCAUCAGGUUCGCAAAUCAUGCUGCCGACAGUAUACGUCGAUGGGCUGAUAGCCAUGGCUGUCAGGAUUGCGAAAUCGAGAAGGUUGCACUUGAGGGUGAGGGCAAGAUUGGAGAAAGAGUAGAGAAUCUUUGGAAGCUGCUUCUGAACUGGAUUGAGUCUAUUCGAAAGGCCGAUCUGAUAUUGGUAGCAUGUCACUCUCAGGGUGUCCCAGUCAGCAUCAUGUUGGUUGCUAAGCUUAUCGAGCUUGGUAUUAUCACGACGCCGCGGAUUGGUGUUUGUGCAAUGGAGGAGCAGCUGGAGUAUCACUCGGACCAUUUCCAAGCUAUCAAUCGGGCAUGGUUUGGAAACCCUGAAAGCGAGGUGUCAAAGCGCUAUGAGGCAGCUCUCAAGGUUGUACUGGAGUAUGGCUCUGCCCUCCACUCACCCGCCAAUCAUCCGCUGCUUUUCAGAGCGGUAUUUGUUGAUGCGAGGGUGCACGCCGCGGAUUUCAUCGCCCACUUGGUUGGGUUCGCUCUAAAGCUCCGAAAUAUGGGCAUCUCGGACCAUGGUCUCAUUCGAGAACUAAGCGUUCCGCUGGCAGGGUCGCUCUACUCGGGAGCCGGGCAUUCUACGCUCUACGAUGACCCGCAACUUUACGAUCUUGCCGUGUCCCAUGCGCUAGAAACAAGCGAUGUAGGCAAGAUCCCCUGCGAGAUUGGAAAGCACGAAGGCAUCACCACCAGCAACCCUUAUCAUCUCCCUUGGAUCAUGCGUGGUCUUUUGGAGGAGGAUUUUGUCAAGACGGAACUGUCGUCAGAGGUCACGGAGCUAUUGAAGCAGUUUGACAGCUGGAAGCCCGUGACCAAAGCGUUGAAGGAUGUCAAAUAUAGACUAGAGGCCGUUCGCUCAAAGCUUUAA